AUGGUGGGCCGGAACAGCGCCAUCGCCGCCGGCGUGUGCGGGGCCCUUUUCAUCGGGUAUUGCAUUUACUUCGAUCGCAAGAGACGGAGUGACCCCAACUUCAAGAACAGGCUGCGGGAACGAAGAAAGAAACAGAAGCUUGCCAAGGAGAGAGCUGGACUUUCCAAGUUACCUGACCUUAAAGAUGCUGAAGCCGUUCAGAAAUUUUUCCUUGAAGAAAUACAGCUUGGUGAAGAGUUACUGGCUCAAGGUGAAUAUGAGAAGGGUGUGGACCAUCUGACAAAUGCAAUUGCUGUGUGUGGACAGCCACAGCAGUUACUGCAAGUGUUGCAGCAAACUCUUCCACCACCAGUGUUCCAGAUGCUUCUGACUAAGCUCCCAACAAUUAGUCAGAGAAUUGUAAGUGCUCAGAGCUUGGCUGAAGAUGAUGUGGAAUGA